CAUGCGCAAAAUAUCUUCAAUGGACCUAUUUAGAAUUCGUCCGCUCGCGUCAAAACGUGGUCUCGUCGCUCGCUUUAGUUUCGUCGCAAAGCGCGUUCGGUGCGGUCGCAAGCGCGCGCGCCCUCUGUACGACAUUGGACUGAAACUCACGCACGAUAUUCGAACUAAUGUGUAUUUGGUAAAGGACAAAAAAUAUUUUAUGAAACAAAAUGUGUAAGACGGAGAUUCUACUCGCCGUCGUCGCUUUAUCCAUCGGCCUAGUUAACUCAUGGGAUAUUGCCAUCACCAAUGGGGACCAACUAGAGUUCUACAGCAACCAAACCAAAACAAGCAGCGAAGGCACCCGCUUUAGGGACCUCACGGCUCUAGCGUAUGAUGCUGUCCACAACAUGCUGCUCUUCGUCGACAAGGAGAACGACAAUGCAUCCAUAUUCAGCUUCCAUUUAGCAACAAAGAAGUACCAGUCUCUAGUCAGGAGGAGGUCGUACGAGAACAUCCAGGGUCUGGCCUUCGAUCCUGUCAAAGGAAUGCUUUUCUGGACUGACACAAAUGCAAAGAGCAUAUUCUGGAUGUCGCUAAUGCCAGGCACCAAAAACGAUGUCUAUGGAAACCUUUUGAUCAAAAUGAACGAUGAGAUUCCAAGAGCAAUUGCCGUCGAUAGCUGUCGAGGAUACAUUUACUGGACAAACACAAACAUUACAAAUCCAACGAUAGAAAGAUCCAGAUUUGAUGGUUCAGAAAGGGAGGUCAUUGUCAACACUGAUAUCUACAUGCCAGUCAGCAUAGCCAUCGACCAGGGAACUAAGAGACUAUAUUGGGCAGAUGACAAAGAGGGCAUACACUUUUCCAUAGAAAGUUCCAACCUUGAAGGAAAGGACAGGCAGACAUUGCUAAGGGGCGUUCAACAUCAACCAAAUGCUUUAACAGUGUCAAAAGACUCGAUCUACUGGGUCGAUUUAUACAAGAAAAUCUGGAAAUUGGCAAAGGACAAAAAUAACGCUGAACCUUUCGAAUUGCUCAGUUUCUCACAUAAAGCGCCUUUUGGGGUUAUUGCGAAUUACCAGGUUUCUGAUGAAAUUGAAGGCAUCCCUGAGUGUGACGCUUUGUCCAGAAUGUCCAAAAAUAAAACAGCGAUCAACGAUUCUUUCAACAUUCCCAAGGACCGGGGGCUGUUCUGUCUCUAUGGUGUCAAGGUUGAAGGGAAACUGGCUUGCAAAUGUUCCCCGGGGUACAUAGGGGACCGCUGCGAAAUAUCUGUCUGUAGCAAUUACUGCCUACAAGGCGAUUGCAGUCUUACUCCAGGAGGUGAACCUACGUGCAGCUGCAAGCACGGAUACAAAGGAGAGAAGUGUGAAGUUGACGUCUGCAACCAGUACUGUUUGAACAAUGGUGUUUGCACCGUCAACAAAGAUCAGAUACCUGAAUGCCAGUGCUCUGCAGACUAUGAAGGCCAGCGGUGUGAGAUGGUGAAAGCAGCUCCAAUCCCAGCAGCAACGAAUUGCAAUUGCACCAAGGAGACUCGCUCGUUGUACCAGGCCGAGAAUUCAGUGCAGACCGAUGGGGAGUUUGUGGAGCCAUCCGAAUGUAGCCAAGGGUGGGAUACAGUGAGGGAUCCAGUGAUAGUCGUGCUUGGGGUACUGUGCGGGCUGCUAUGUGUGGCUUGCACGGUGCUGAUUACAAAGGUUCUGCAGCUCAAGAGAAGGCCUAGAAUAAAGAAGCGCAUCAUAGUGAACAAGAACGUGACGCCGAUGACAGCGCGGCCCGAUCAAUGCGAGAUCACUAUAGAAAACUGUUGCAACAUGAACAUCUGUGAGACUCCUUGCUUCGAACCGCGUUCCACUAUUAGACCAACCUUAGGCGAUGCCAAACCAGGGAAAGAAGAGAAGAAGAACCUUAUUGCCAACAUGGAACUACCUGAUGAGUACUAACGGUACUAAAAUUUGCUUUUCGACCAUGGUAAAUAGAGCUCUCAGCUUUCCGCCGUCACAAACUGAACUGUACUCUCCGUUGUAGCUUUUAGGCUGAUUUUAGAGUAACCGAAUUGCUAAAUUAGGGGUUAGUACAAAAUUAGUUGGAUCACCUCAUUCCGUCUAGGGCUCUAGAAUCAUGGUCGAGUUAUUACUCUUUAGGGAAUCCAAAUAAUAAUUGACGUUUACAUGAAAUAGGUUUGCUGCGAACUUUUGCACGAAGGACGCCGGACGAUAUGACAUUAAGAAUUAAGAAUAAAAUCAAAAAGAUAAUUUUAAUUUCAAAUAUUACUAUCCAGCUUUCAAAUUCCGUUGUCUUCUAGGUCUGUGUGUUGAACUCGUAUUGUUCUAAUUUUAUGGUAAUUCUGUACUAACAAAGUUCGCAUAAACCUAUUUCUAAGUACAUGUUAGGCUGAAAUAUAUGUGAUAUUUGAUAUAAAGCGACUACUAAUGGAGAACUGUGUGAGUAUCUGGCUGUGUAUACAUUGGGCUGCUAAAAUCUGAGUACAUGGAACUAGAUUUUAGGCUGGUGUGUA